AGGAGCCGCUCCCCGACUUCGUGGCCCGCGAAGGGGUGGGGGUCAGGGGCGGUCUCCGCCGCCCUGUCCCUCUCUGCCCUGACGGCGCAGCCGGCUUCCAGGGCAGCCAUUGCCAUGGAGACCCCCGAGGCUAUAAAGCCAGGUACCUAGGCGGGCGGCGGCUCCCGCGCCGCUGAGUCCCCCAAGUGAGGAGCUCGCGCUCCGGCGUGGCCCGGCCCCCGCGAGAGGAGAGGAGGCGGAGGAACGGCGCCAGCAGCUUGAGGAGCGGCGCGCCCCGCCAGGGCUGGAGGCAGGCGUGCACGGCGGGCGCCACCGUCUCAGCAGGGGAGCGGGGGCUGCCCCGAGUGCGGGUGAGUGGCACGGCUCCAAAACACGAGGGACUGAGGGCGCCGGACACGGGGAAAGCAGCGGGAGACUCAGAAGGGGGCCGAGCUUCGGCUCCCGUCGUCUCGUGGCGGGCCAGGAGCGGAGCCCAGAGUACCUAGCAAUCAACACCUUCAGGCGGGAGGCCGGGGAAGGCGCAGCGAGACGCCGGGCGUGCGGCCGAGGAGCGGCUGGGCAGCGGGAACCGCGGGUGCACCUCGAGUGGGGAUCUCCGGACCGUCGGCCGCCGCGGCCCACGCGCAGAGGGAGCGGCACUAGAGCGCGGGCGGAGGCCGGAGCCCCGCGGGACGCGAGAACAGGGGCGCCCCCGUGCGGAGCUGCUGGGCCGCCCGGGUGCGGCGGCAGGGGCCAUGCUCAAGCCCAAGGACCUGUGCCCCCGAGCGGGUACGCGCACCUUCCUGGAGGCCAUGCAGGCGGGCAAAGUGCACUUGGCCCGCUUCGUGCUGGACGCGCUGGACCGCAGCAUCAUCGACUGCCGUGCUGAGCAGGGCCGCACGCUGCUCAUGGUGGCCGUGGGGCUGCCGGACCCCGCGCUGCGCGCGCGCUUCGUGCGGUUGCUGCUCGAGCAGGGUGCAGCCGUGAACCUGCGGGACGAGCGCGGCCGCACCGCACUCAGCCUGGCGUGCGAGCGAGGCCACCUGGACGCCGUGCAGCUGCUGGUGCAGUUCAGCGGCGACCCCGAGGCGACCGACUCGGCUGGCAACAGCCCGGUUAUGUGGGCGGCGGCGUGCGGCCACGGGGCGGUGCUCGAGUUCCUGGUGCGCUCCUUCCGCCGCCUUGGCCUGCGCCUCGACCGCACCAACCGUGCGGGCCUCACGGCGCUGCAGCUGGCCGCUGCCCGCGGCCAUGGGACUUGUGUGCAGGCCCUCACUGGGCCCUGGGGCCGCGCCGCCGCCGCCGCCGCCGCCCGAGGCUCCAACUCCGACAGCCCCCCCGGACGCCCGGCCCCCGCACCCAGCCCCGAGCGUCGACGACCCAGCCCCCGCCGCCUACCGCGGCCUCUGCUGGCGCGCUUUGCGCGAGCGGCGGGUAGCCAUGGCCACGGCGGCGAGGCUGGCUUAGUGGGCAAGAGUUCGGGCCGGCACCGGGCACAGGGCAGCGAGCGACCCGAGCUGGGCCGGAGCAUGAGCCUGGCCCUAGGUGCAGUGACCGAGGAGGAGGCUGCCCGUCUACGGGCGGGAGCCCUGAUGGCCCGACCAAACUCGCCUCAGUCAGGGCGGUGGCGCUCACACGAAGUGCUGGAGGGAGCGCCUCCAACCCUAGUGCAAGCCCCCAUUGGCCUUAGCCCCCACCCGGAGGGCGGCCCUGGCUCUGGCCGCCUGGGUUUGCGCCGACGGUCCACAGCCCCAGACAUCCCCAGCCUGGUCGGGGAGGCGCCAGCGCCCGAGAGUGGCCCGGAGUUAGAGGCCAACGCUCUGCCUCUCUCGGUGCCUGGGCCAAAGCCUUGGCAGGCGGGCGCGGAUGCUGUGGUGCUGCACGCUCAGCGGUAAACAGCGCCGCCACCGAGGCCGAGCCUGGCUUCCCCCACCCGCCUGUCUCUGCUUUACUGGAAUUUCUCCCUUCUUCUAGGUCCCUCACCUUCUCGACAGUAGCCCUACCCCCAUCUCAGAACCUGUUCCGCUGCCAAAGCAAGACCUCCACCAGAAAUGAGAAAGGGACCCUCAUCUUAAAAAGACCCUCGUCUUUUUUUUGUGCUUGUUGGUAUUCCCAGCCUUUCCUGUCCCUGGAAGGCUAAGUGUGCAAUACGGGUUCUGUGGGCUGCCACCAGCCAGGAAGGUGGACCCCCCCCCCCCGCCCCAGUCCUAGGCUCAGUCCUGGGUCUGCCUAGGUUCCUGCCAGCUCCUGGCCAGUCCCCUUUCCCCUUGCUGGGUUUCCCAACACCCUGGCAGCCAGGCAGGCAGAAGAGUCAGCCUUGGAGAACAAAGACCCAGGUUCUUUCCCUCUGCCUAGUGAUGCUGACAAUAAUGCCACAAACUACCAAAGUCUCCUUUUCCCCUAUGCGUUGGAGAAGGAAAGACCAGGAGGGGCCCCAGAGUCUUUCUGGACAGGAGGGCUGAUUAGAAAGAAAUCGGGCCAUUUUUCUGGGGCAGAAACUCCUGCCUCAAGACAAUGAAAGCAUAUUUUGGGGGUGGCAGAGCCCCUGGUGUUGAAGGCUAGUUGUCCCUUGAGCCAGCUUCUGGGUAACUUGAGCUCCCUCUGCCUCUCAGAUCCAGGAUUCGACUUCAUUGAUAGUGUGGGGUCACUGCUCCACAUAGCCCCUACCCAGCCCAACUCCGGCUCCUAAGUCAGCCUUGCUCCUUAGCUCGGACGCAUCUGAAUUCCAUCUUUGGGGUUCAACGCCUCAACCCUCGGAGGCCCAGCCUUAUUUCCACGCACUGUCAGAUGCCUGAAAUGGAAAAAGGACUUAGCACUUCCCCGCCCCCACGCCUCCCAGCUCCCGGGUCCCGCACGUGGGUGCUCCCGCGGGGUGGAACGGUUGCGAAGGCUUUGCUUAAUUGUAUCUCUUCCAAUCCUCAAAGAACUCGUGUUUGGAGCCUUUGUAUAUGAAGCGGAAAGCAGCGGGUCUGAUCCGAGGCUUAAGAACCUGACAAUAUCUCUUUAAAUAGAAGCUCCGCGAGGGGGAUAAUUGAAGUGUUUGCGACGUUAAGCGGCGGCGCGCGGGAGUCGGGAGCCCACACGAUCGAGCCGCAGGUCCAGGUUUAAAUUACACCCAACUCCGCUGAGAGCAGCGAGGGGCCUGUUAACCCGCUCCUGCUUCUCGCUGGGCCGCUAAUGGAGGGCGGGGCAGAUGCGGGAUGCCGGAGGUCGAGACCCCGGACUCCUGGGCCUCCGCGUGGGCCGAACGCGGCCGGCCCUGUUCUACUGCGGGGCACAUUAGUGAGUCACAGGCGCUCGCGGAGAGGUGGUUAAAGAAAGGCCCUUUACUGGCCUGGUCCUUUGUCCCCGCUCCUGCCCUCCUACUCUUUGUACCCCCCUAGCGAGGGGGCGGGGCUGAGGAUGGGGGUCUGGAGGGUCGCGUGCGCUAGGACCCCGCGGAAGCGCUAGCUCUUGUGUCACCAGCGCCCCCCCAGCCCACAGUGUGGCGGCAGGUGGCUUUUUUUGUGGACCGCGAGCGUAGAGCGUGCAGCCCCUCGUCUGCCUGCGGUGGGGUCUUUCCGAGACGUCGGUCUGUUCGUCUUUGCAGGACGGAAGGUUUCUCACCAGUAACGCCGAGGGAACUGCCCAGAGCGCGACGGCCGCGCCGAGAAAUUGGGCUUGGGGGUGAAGAGGGUGAGAGGUCAGGGGGCGGGCCUUGCGCAGGUGCCACACACCGCCCCGGUCCUUCCACCCCCCUAUCCGACCACUCCCCAGCCGCUUAGGCCGCGCGGGCCGGCACCCUGGACGUGAUCUCUGGUGCCCCCUGGCGGCAGCGCUGCGCUCUCCCCGCUGCGCCUGGCUCCGAGCUCAGACUUCUGGUUUUAUCUGGGAUCGCGGCUGUGUGCUUCUCCCUCCGUGUGCAUUUACCCAUGGAAUCCUCUGCCUCUCGUAGAAUAUUAAAUCCGGAUACUUGAAAUCACUUCGCAGAAGUGAAGGACAAUGAACAAAAAAACUCGCUUUGGGAGUAGCAGGAGCCCAGACCCUUCACUAAGGACCCAAGUCAAUCUCCCAAGUUAAGGCUCCUGAACCCGAGAGAGACCGCUCCCUUCCGAACAGCUGGAGCUGCCAGCCCUCCUUACCUUAUGCUUUCUGAACCUUAGGACCUGCCCGUUAUGCAGUUUUCUUGUGAUGACGUUUGCUUCAUUUCUGAGGUGGUCUGCCCUUCCCUUCCUUUCUUCUACCCAGACACCUGCCUUUCCUCAGUCCCCCUGUCUAGGCCGUGGGUGCACAAUACUAGAGUGCCUGCAAAGUGUGGGGAGAGGGUCUGGGGGGAUCACUGGACAUCCCCAGUGCAAACUGCUUCAUUCUGAUCUUUGCUUGCUCACCUCCUCCCUUUUUGGCUGUGUUCAAUUUUAAUGAAGUUUUUAAUGGUGUAGGAAUAUAAGUAUUUUGGCUUAAAAACAGUAUGAAGUCUGGGUUGCACAUUGUAUCAGAGGCUAUAAUCUUUCCAGCGACUCUGACAAGUUGGUUUUCUGGUUGAAUGUCACCUUGGGCUCUCUUUGUUGGGUAAAUGACUGUGGGGCUUGUCUCUGAGGAGUUGCCCAGAGCUUGGUGGUAGAAAGUGAUGUUUCUGAAAACCCGCGGCAGAUUGCUCCCGUCUGAACUGAAUUGCGUGUCUGACUGCCUUGCUGUCCUUUCAUGCUGCUCGCCAGGCCCAGCUCUGUGCAGAACUUCCAUGUUUCGCCACAUUUCACUCCGCUCAACUUCCUCUGUCAGCACCAGGGUGUUGAGGCUGGGUCCCCUCUAGCUCUCUCCACCUUAGAAGAGACUUUUCCAAGUAUUUUGCUUUCCUAAUUCUUGUUGCUUUCAUCAUUGUGAAGAGUCACUCAGGCCACUGGAUCUCGGUAUGGAUCAGUGUGUGAGGCUAAAGGACGUACACACACCCUUUCGGAGUGAGACUGUGUGGUGGAAGGUCUUCUAGAACUCACAAGAAUAGUUAAUAAAUCCAGUAUUAUUCCAUUGUGA